CGGCCUCCAUCGCCCUGCUGAGCGUGUGCCUUUGCAACUAACUUUGGGAACUCGUGGACCCCGCGUCGCUCCCCGCGCCGCCUCGCCUCUGCUUCGGUUUCCCGCGCCCUGUUCGCCCUCUUCGGCGUCUCUAGGCUACGGAUGGAGGAUCCCUUCAGCCCUGCAACUGUGUCGCCAGCGGUCAACCUCUCCGUACCCGUCUCGCUCGGCUGGGGUCUCAACGUGACUUCGGGGCAGGGAGUCCCCGCCCCGGGGCUGCAGCCGCCGCAGCCGCCACCGCCCAGUCGCCGCGUCCGCCUGGUGUUCCUAGGGGUUAUCUUAGUGGUGGCGGUGGCUGGCAACGCUACGGUGCUGUGCCGCCUGUGCGGUGGCGGCGGACCCCGUGCAGGUCCCAAACGUCGCAAGAUGGACUUCCUGCUGGUGCAGCUGGGGCUGGCCGACCUGUACGCGUGCGGGGGCACCGCGUUGUCGCAGCUGGUCUGGGAGCUGCUGGGCGCGCCCCGCCCCGCGACAGGCGACCUGGCGUGCCGCUUCCUGCAGCUGCUGCAGGCGUCGGGCCGAGGUGCCUCAGUCCACCUCGUGGUGCUCAUCGCUCUCGAGCGCCAGCGAGCCGUGCGCCACCCGCAGGGGCGGCCACUCUCCGCGGCGCCCGUCGCGGUCAUGGGCGUCGCUUGCAGUCGCCUGCUCUGUGUCUGGUGGCAGCGCCGGCCCCAGGCCCUGGGGGCUGCGACGCCCUGGCCGGGGAGCGGGUGCCGCGCCGCCGCGCCCAGCGCGCUGCCCCGCGCCAAGCUGCAGAGCCUCAAGAUGAGCCUGGUGCUGGCGCUGCUGUUCGUGGGCUGCGAGCUGCCCUACUUCGCAGCCCGGCUGGCGGCCGCGUGGUCCGCCCGACCCGCGGGAGACUGGGAGGGAGAGGCCCUGGCGGGGGCGCUGCGCGCGGGGGGACGAGGGGUCCUCGCCCCCACCGCCGCCGCGCCCCAGGCCGCUGCCCUGCUCCUGCGAAACCUCCUUCUAGAUGCUCGACGACGGCGGGGCACAGGUCACCCGUCGCUGCGGUGCAGGAGGCCUGCGGGGGCCUGUCUAAAUCCCAGCUGGCAGGAGUGUCUCCAAGAGAGCGACACUGAAGCUGUCUCUUCCUUCACUCUCCAUUUAGAUUUUCUCCUAACGUUGACAUGGCCUACUCGCUUCCAGUAUCAUUUCCUCCCUCCGUUCCUCUCACAGUUCCUCAUUUGGAGCAGAGUCCCCUUUGGAAAGUCGUAA